CUACGCCAAAACCCCACCUCCUAUCCCCCGAAACAGCUUUGUCCAGGGCCUUCACCUGGUGCUGUCCCAUUGCCCACCUCCAUCUUCAACCUGUUACAGAUCUCACCUUGUCUGAAGCUCGUUUCCCCGCCCGGGGUUUUAAUUCCUGAGCAUGACAGGAACAAUAAUUUGCGUUUAAUCAGCGCCUUUCGUGUUUCUGAAAACGUUCCAAGGCAUCCACCAUAUCCUGCCAGAAAAAAUAUAGAUGUAAAAAUGCCUAUAAUUUGAAGCUUUUUGGAAUGGAGUCAAGAUUGUCUAAUUCUGAAUAUAAAGUGGACUAGAGAGAUUCAAGCAGGGGUACAGCUGACUUGGUCGUGAAGCUGAUACAAGUAAUGAACCCUUUCUGGAGCAUGUCUACAAGCUCUGCUCGAAAGAAAUCAGACAGUGAAGAAAGAGGUUUGUCAGGAGAACAGAAGACCAGUCCUCCACGUUCUCUAUCAGCCAAGAAACAGUUGCCUUCUAUACCAAAAAAUGCUGUUCCUGUGACUAAGCCCAUUUCUCCUGUCACAUCUACGCAGCCAACUAAUGGGACACAUGCUUCUUACGGUCCCUUCUAUCUGGAAUAUUCUCUUCUUGCUGAAUUUACCUUGGUUGUAAAGCAGAAACUGCCUGGUGUCUAUGUACAACCCUCAUAUGGAUCUGCAUUAAUGUGGUUUGGGGUGAUCUUUAUAAGACAUGGCUUGUACCAGGAUGGUGUAUUUAAGUUUACUAUUUAUAUUCCUGACAACUACCCAGACGGUGACUGUCCUCGCUUGAUGUUUGAUAUGCCAGUCUUCCACCCACUAGUAGAUCCAACAACAGGAGAAUUGGAUGUAAAAAGAGCAUUCACAAAGUGGAGACGGAAUCAUAAUCACAUCUGGCAGGUGUUGAUGUAUGCUCGUCGAGUGUUUUACAAGAUUGAUACAGUUAAUCCCUUGAACCCUGAAGCUGCAGUACUAUAUGAAAAAGAUAUUCACUUGUUCAAAAGCAAAGUAGUUGACAGCGUCAAACUAUGCAACAGUCGACUUUUUGAUCAACCUAAAAUGGAUGACCCUUACGCAAUUAGCUUUUCACCAUGGAAUCCUGCAAUACAUGAAGAAGCCAGAGAGAAGAUGUUGACUCCAAAGAGGAAACCUGACGAUCAGAACAAAAGCAUGCACAUGGCUGGCCUUUCCUGGGUAAAGCCUGGUUCCACACAACCUUUCAGCAAAGAUGAAAAUACUAUGCAAACCUAAGGCAUCCUAUCAACACCACACGAGGCACUUUUUAACCUGUGAAAAAUGGACCAGGUUAAUUAGAAUAUAACUGUUGGUGCACAUGUCGGACUUUAUUUUAGCAGUGACUGUAAGAUUAUAUAUAAUUGGAACUGCUGAAAGAUUGGGUUUUUUGUGUGUAGAAUACAACAUUUUAAACUAGUAUUCAAAUUCAACUUUUAACUGAAGGUUUGUAAAAUUUUUCAUUUUGAAGACCUUUGUCUAUACUACUUAGGUAAUCUUGGCAAUGCAACAAUCGAUUUUAUGUUGGGAUGGUUAAGUGAAUUAAAUGGUAUAUCAUAAAGAUGACACUAUUUCAUAGUACUGUUAUGACGUAGAAAUGUUUUCAUGUUUUGGGGCUGGUCUGUAGAGAUUAAGGUGAGUUUAGCCAUUCAAAAAUUCAAUCCCAAACACACACUCAUAGUAUGACAGUAUUUAGCAGUUUUCAUAAGUCACUUGGGUUUUCUAUUGUAAAUAUGUUGGUGUAUAAAUUUUGUAAAUAGCUUGUUACCCUAUUAGCAUUUUGAGGUGAAAGUAACAGUAGUCCACUGGCAUACAGGUUUGGAAAAGCUGAUCUGUGCCAAAAUAACCAACUUGGUACAGCAAGCUUCAAGUUUUUUGUAAUUUCAGUGGUCCUUAUAUACUGUAUGAAUGUAUAAAGUAAUUCAAAGAAGUCUUCUCUUCCACUAUUAAACAUUAUCAUGUUUAUAAUUGUGCAGUACAACAGCAUAUUAUACGUUAUAUGCUGCUUUGGAUACCAAAAUUAGGGUGAAUUUUAAGGGAAAAUUAGCUGCUGGCGUACAAACUGAUGUCAUAGUGGCUUAAUCCUUAAAAUAAAGACAAGCUAAAACGGUACCAACCACUUGAAUGUAUUUGCCAUGUGUCUGUGGAUGCUUUUGAUAUGUCAUGUCACGUCCUGUUAAAAUAACCCAUGUAACCCUUUAGUCUUGGACACAUUUGAUAAUACCAUCAUAAAGAUUAUUCCAGUG